AUGGACAGACUCCAGACUGCAGGACGCGCCUUGCUAAAGAGAUCCAGGAGAAAAAUAAAUUUUGCCUCAAUCAGCAAGUUCCUGUUAUCCAGGGUCAUUAUCUUAAUACCGUUGUCUGCAACCUUUGUUGGCUUCAUCCUAGUCACUAUAUCUUUGUUUGCUGGCAUCAACAAAGGAUCCCUAGAGGACUUGGACAUCUUCAGGGUGAGCACGGCGAACCUGGGGCACAACCUCGUCAACACAGUCUUUGAUGCCGUCUCGCUCAACGCUACCGCACUCGGCGACGAAAUCCUUGGUGCUGGCACAGGGCAGUCGAGCGCCAAUGCGACCGAUAACGCGCCCUCGCUGGGAAACCUGCUGGGAGCUCGGGCCGCCGGCUCGAAAGACGAGACUUCCCAAACCGAGAAUACCAAACUUCCUCGAGGCUUACUCGAUGGCUUACUUGGUGACCCGAAUGCCAACGCGGCCCCAAGCAACGCGGCGCAAGCGCCAUCAGUCAACGGGCUUCCGGGUCUUCCCAACUUGCCCAGUCCACCACAGCCGGGACAGACUCAAAAGGGGCAGUCUCAAAGCCCUGCCAGCACUCUCAACGAUAUCAAUCCCCUUGCUGGUCUCAUCAACGCGCCAAACCCGGUAUCUAGCGCGGCAAAGGCUAGCGGUACUAUGGCUCCUGGGGGGGCAACGAACGCUGUUCAAGGUCUCAUAAACGGAGCCACGGCCGGGCUUGGGGGCGCCCUCAAUCAGGGCAAGUCCCAGAUCUACGGGGCUGUACAAACCGUGUUUGACAGCGCCAAAGAGGCCAUCAAGAAUAAUCUUGCCGGGGUCGGUGACAGCGCGGCCGACCAGAUCACCCAGAGGCUCAAUGUUUCCGAGUGGUAUUCCCUGCAUGUCAUAGACCUCUGCCAGGGCAACUUCGAACCCUCCGGGACCACCAGCAGCCCGGGACUCAAUACAACUUUCUGCAACACUAAACCCGCCAACCGACUAGAUUCUGUCAAGUCACUCGCCGAACCAUUCGUUAUUGGCCCGCUUACUAUCGACCUAAGCAAAACCAAUCUCCCUGAAACUAUCAAUCAACUCGUCGACCUGAUCAAUGGCUUACUCCUAGGCCUUUUUCUCCUUUACCUCUUUAGAUUCUGGAUCGGGCUAUUGAUAUUUGUGAGGGUUACCGCAUUUCUAAAGAGGAGGCGUCAACGGCAGAACGAGAAGCUGGACUAUCCUGAGGACAUAGAAUAA